AUGAAUAAGAAAGAAUCCAUUUUUAUUUAGGAAAUACCUUCAUAAAGAGUCAAAACUUGUGAGCCCUCAUAGAAUAGAUAUGCUGAAACUUAAAAAUGUAAAUACCCAUCCCAUCCUAUAAAAGAGAAUAAAAAGAUUAAAUUUUUAGAUCCACCUGGAUAGCAAGGUAGGCCUGAAUUAGAUUUCCAAAAGUUGAUUUCAGAAAAAUUAAUCAAAUAUCGAGAAAACAUAAAGAACCCUGAGAUUAAUUAUGACAUUCAACACUAUGAUCACAAAAAGUAAAAACUAUAAAAUUAGAAAAUGAAUGAGCAAGAGGAUCUUCAAUUUCCAAAAUUAGUUUCUAUAUCAUUGAAUAAAUUCCCUGAAGAAUUCGAAAAGUCAAUAUAAUCAAAUUUUGAUGAAAUACUAGAAUCUAAUAAACUUAUUAUGAAAAUAAGUUUUGAUAAAAUUGAAAUUUAUGAUAAGGAUGGAAACCUAAAGGAAAUCAAGAAGUCUUUCCCCUUCUCAAGUAAGCAUUAAUCCAAAGACAUUAUGUACAAUGCCAUUUUUAGAUCAAAGGAUUUUCUAAUUUUAAAAUCAACAGGAAUGUGGCUUACUAGUAAUAUUGUUGAUUCUUAUGCCAACUAUUUAAGGCUUGCUGAUGAGCAAAAAUAUUUUACUUCAGAAGUCGAAGUUAGGAAGAAACAUAGGAGAACAUACAUUUUUUGCUCUGAUUACAUAACAAAUUGCUCAAUAAACACUGAAUUUAAUAAGGAAAAAUGGUUAACGUUAUUUUAUGAAUAACUUAGUAAUUUUGAGUCAAUUUAAUAUUAAUUUUGGAAGAUUUAUCAGAAUAUAAUUUUUGUGGUAAACCAAAAUUUUCAUUGGUUUUGUGCUAAAUUGGAUUUGGAAGAAUCUAUAAUCGAAAUUUAUGAUUCUCUUUAUUCAAAUCCAGAAAAAUAUGAAAGGCUCAUACUAUUAUUUUAAACAAUUUUCAGUGAGGUGAUGUCAACAAUUCCGAUAUUUAAGAUUAAAAUAAUAAGAGAAUUUCCUCGGCAAUCAGAUUACAAUUCAUGUGGUUAUUUCUCUUGUAUAGCACUGAACUAUUUGACUGAGAAGUAAUUUAAUACGGAACAGUAAGUAGAAGAAAAAUAAGGAUAGAAAUAUAUUAGUAAGCAAGAGAUGAAGAAAAUUUUAAGAGAAUUACUUAUUGAAGAUCAGAAUAGUUGA